GAUAGGCAUCGAUUUUAUUUCCAGCUCUAGCAGAACUGCGUUUUUUCCCCGUGUUUUCGUUGUUCUCGUGUUUUAGGCCCAGAAGUUCUUGUGCGAAUGAACAUGUAAAGCCGAACCGAUUUGUGCGGUGGAUCGGGGACUAAAGAUUCGAGCUGUGCGAGGGCUUCAAAGCGAAUUGACGGCGUCGUGCAAGGCAUCGAAAACGAAAACCUUCGAAGCACUCGUUCUUCGUGUGUGUGUCAGCGGCUCUCUCUUUCUCAGCGGCGGCAGCGUUCUGUGACGUCAGAAGCAGCGACGUCCUUCGCUGGCAGACGCACACACAUACACACACCCACACGCACGCACGCUCACUGACAGACACAAUACCACACUUAGAGAAACUCCCACCAAGAGAACCCUCCCCCUCAGCAGCAACAACAACAAGAACGACAACAGCUUCGCCAGCAGCAGCAGCAGCAACAAAUUAAAGAGAGAGCACAUUUAUAUUCCUUUGUGGCAACGCGAGUGUAUAUGUGUGUGUGUGUUUCGAGGCAGCCGCACCACUACAACUGAAACUGCAACUGCACCAACAACAACAACUAAGCACAUCAACAUAUAGCAACAAAAAUGGAACAGCCGAGCAUUCUCGUCAAAAUCCUGCACUCGAUUCCGCACGUGAAUUACACAUUCCGUCGGGUUAACGACACCUUUAAUCCGGACAGUGAUGUUUACCUCGAGCCAACUAACAACAAAUUGCAGUGCCAACAAAAAGGCAUCGAGUUGCAAAGUCUGGUCAUCCUGGCAUCCAUUCCCGCUGGUCUGCUGAUCGGCUCCCUACUGGGCCUGCUGCUCUACCUGCUGACCAGAUGCUGCGAUCGCCGCCAGAGGAAGCCGAGCGCCCAGCGCUGCCAGAGCUGCUCCUUGGUCAUCAUUACGCUGAUGACCUGCGCCGCCAUCGGAUUAGGCUUGUACGGCAACGAUGAUUUCCAUAAUGGGCUUCUGCAGGCCUUUGGAUCCGGGAAGAGCGUCGAGGGUCUGGUGCUCACCCUGAAACGACAGACGGAGAGCAUCAAGCACGACCUGGAGACGCGAAUGGCUGGGCAUAAGGUGGAGCAGCUGGUGGAGAAGCCUCAUUAUAACCAGACGGUGGUCAUGCUGCUUAUUGAGACGUCGCGCUUGGUCACGGAGAACACCUCGCGGGCGGUGGCCUCGCUGGACAGCAUGGUUCACUACUUUAUGAAGGCCAAGGGCAGCGAGAACGACACCUCGCUAAUGGGAUUACUGCAGCUCGGUGAGUUCUACGAAUCCAUUCGCUGGCCAGCCACCCUGGCCUUUCUCACUGUGCUCCUGCUGCUCUGUACGGUGUUGGUGAUCGGCGUGGCGAGGCGAUCCCGUUGCACCCUGAUCUUCUUCAGCGUCUCGGGUCUGUUCUGCAUCAUCAUCUGCUGGCUGCUAGCUGGCGUUUAUUUGGCCUCCAGUGUGGCUGCCGGAGAUUUCUGUAUGCGGCCCCACGACUAUAUGUGCCGUCAGGUGGGCAUGAGAAGUCCCUAUGUUGAUUUUCUAAACUGCGGCACACCGCGCAAUCGCUUUAUCCUGCGGCUAAACGAAUCCCGGGACCUGGUGGAUCGGGCCAGGGAAAGUGUGGAGCAUAUGCAGCGCAUGAGUCAGGAGACAUAUCCACACAUCGACAUCCAGCGCACUUUGAACGCCAUGGACAACGAUCUAGAGAUCACCCUGCGCAACCUGACGACACUGUCGGCCACAUUGGACCGCCGCACGAUCGACAUGCACUACGAGGAGGCACUGCGCGGACUUUGCGGCGGCGGGCUACUGGGACUCAGUCUGAUGAUGGUGGCUGGUCUGCUGACCUCCUUCCUGCUGACGAUCCUCGUGUAUGCCGAUUCUCACGCCUGGAUCUAUCUGACCAAGCGGCCUACGCUGGACGCGGACAAAUCGGAGACAGCGCCACUAUUUCCCGCCUCAAACGCGCCGAGCGCGAGCAUCUCGCCCACAGCUCCGCUCAGCACGGGGACGAUCAACAGGACGUUGCUCCACCACCAGCAGGCGUCGUCGGGCGGCGGUUCGGGUACCUUGCCGGGAUCUGGGGGAGGCGCAGGGGCUGGCGGAGGCGUUGGCGCCAAUGGACACAAUGGCGUGGGGCCGUACCGCAACGGAUCGGCGGGCCUGAGACAAGGGUUGGCAUCACCUUCAUCUCAAUCAAGCCACACCUCAUCCACCGCUACUUACAACAACGGCACCACCAGUUACCACAACAGCCACCAACAACACAACAACCACCUGUACAGCAACCACUACAGCCACAGCAACAACCACUACAACAACACACAGCAUAGAACUAACCCUGCGGCGGGGGCGGUAGCAGCGGCGGUGGGCGUGGUCAGCAGUGGCCAGCGAUCACCGUCGCCGCCGCCUGUCUACGAUUUGGUGCAUGGCACAAGGUCAGGACACCACACGCUAGGACGCCUUCCAUCGCACCACCAGCAAUCGGCGACGUAUUUGCCAGGACCCAACAAUGGAAAGUACGCGACGCUCAGCAAGCAGUGUAAAACGCUCGAGUCCAACGACUUCUACUGAGAUUCGCUUGCCUGCAGUUCCCAUGCAGGCAGUAGCAGCAACACAGCACAGCAGCAGCAGCAGAACUUGCAGCUCCAGCAGCACCAGCAGCAGAGCAACCUCAUCAAUCAGAACCAAAGCCAGAGCACGCUGAAGAACAUCUUUGCGUCGGCCACCCUGCCCCGCUCGACGGGCAGCUCCAUUCGGUCCGUGCUCUCCGUUCAAACCUCCAAUGCGGGCAUUUGCCGCUCCACGGGCAACGGACUGGACGGCGACAUGGUGGACGAUCGCGAUCCUAGGGAUGUGACCAACAACAGCUUCAAUCGUUUCGACCCCAAGUACAUAAGCAUUGGCCCCAAAGCGGUGAGGGGUCAGAAUAAUAAUUUAAAUAUUAUGUCCGUCGCCGGAGGUGCCAACAAGUGUGCCACCUUGCGGCAUGUUGGUCGCUAUGGUGGCUCGCUCAAGGGUGUGUCUGCCGUCAAUGCCACGCCCUCGCCCGCCGCCGCCCCAGCUGUCCAUUCGCCAAACUUGAGGAGCGCCAAGACGCCGUCGAUAGCCACCGUUUCGAAGGAUUAUUGCCAGCAGCCGGACUGCAUUCCUCAGGAGUUCCUCCUCCAGCAGCAGCAGCAGCAGCAGCAACAACAGCUGCAGCAGCAACAACAACAGCAGCAACAGCAACUGCAGCAGCAGCUUCAGCAGCAACAGCUGCAACUCCAACAACAGCAGAUGGUGCCUCCCGCUCCGCCGCAACCGGCGCCUCCGCCUCCACCCAAACCAAAGAUAGUCAAUACGUUUACGGAAAUUCCCGGCACCACGGGCGUGGGCAGCUCGUAUGCCAAGGAGCAGCAACAACAGCAGCAACUGUUGGCCCUGCAGCAGCAGCAGCAACAGCAGCAGCAACAGCAGCUGCUCACCCUCCAGCAGCAGCGCGAGCGGGAGCUGCAGCAACAGCAGCAGCAGCAGCAUCAAAGGGAGUUGCAUCCACCGACCACCCACAUUCUACCCGCUUCGGCUGUCUACAGCAUCGAGAGCAGUGAGGUGCUGCCCACAGCGGCACCGCGUGCGCAGCAGCGUUCGCUAAAUCCCGCCUCCAUUGUGAACCAACCGUUGCCCGAGAUUCCCACCAAUCAACAACAGUCAAAGAUCUCCGCUCAGCCGCUUUGCGCCGCCAGCUUGGGGCAGUACCGCUCGCUGCAGCGUCCUCAAACCCAGAAAUUGCAGCCGGCUGCCAUCUCCUCGCCGCAGCAGCCACCAACGCUCCCGCCCAAGAACCGGCACAAAAACAGCAAUCGCGGUGGAGCCAUCGACAGCAGCAAUGCCAAUCAUAUGCAAACCUUGCCGCCCAAGUCAGCCAGCUUGAGACAACAACAACAACAGCAGCAGCAGCAGCAGGAGCGCGACAGGGAGCGAGAACGGGAGCGGGAGCGUCCGCGGAGGGCUGAGACCUUGGACAAUGCACGCAGCUACAUAGAACAGCAGCAACAGUAUCCCAGCCAUCUGAUAACCAGCAGCAACAUGAAGAAGCAACACUCCUAUGACAGCAGCUACCAUCAGCAGCAGCAGCAGCAGGCCUUUUAUCAAAGGCAGCACAACAACAACUUCUCAUCGAAGCAGCAGCAACAGCUAAUGCUGGAACAGCAGCAGCAGCAACAGCAGGCGCUGUUUUACAGAUCCCUGAAACGGGGAGAACGCGUAUCUACUGGCAGCGGAGGAGUUACUGGCGGAGGAGCCGCCAUCAGCAACCAGAGCGAUCUGUACUCGGUGACGGAGUUGUAGGAGUGCGCCUGCUGCGGCGGCGGUGUGGAUGUGGUGCGCCGAGGCGCAUCGUCCACAUCGCUGCACGCGGCGGCGGCUACACAAACUCAGACCCACACCCAAAACCAGACGCAAUCGCAGAACCAGGCGCCUGUUCCCCUGCCACCCAAGAAGCAUCGCCAGCGGGAGAGGGAGCGCAACCUAGAGCGGGAGCAGCAGGCGCCCUGCAACGCCAAUCUGUGUGAGGAGCACGAGUAUGAUGAGUUCUACCCCCAGGCCUAUGAAAUGCAUGCGGUUGCAGGAGGAACUGGCGGUCCGACGGGUGGAGGAGCGGUAGCUACUAGCUCUGCCUCUAAGCACGGCAAGCAAGGUCAGCAAAGAGCAGCCACUUUCGAUGUGGCCGAUGCCAGGGACUAUGAACUGAAGCGUUUGGGCAACCGAAGAUCGCAGCAGCAGGCGGCUCCGAGCAAGAGAAACGGAGGAGCAGGUGCACCGAUUGUCAGUCAGGAUCACCACCGCAGCCACGAUCGCGAGCGGUCGCGGAGCGAUCACCGCAUUGCCAGCUAUGCCUGCGAAGAGGUCAACUCCUCAGCGCUCUGCAGCGCCGGCUCCAUGAGCUCCAUGCUGCAGCCAGCCAAUGGAACUACUGGUCACAGGAGCAGCAGUCACCAGCACCAGCGGGAUCACCAUGCGCGGGAUCAGCAGCAACAGCAGCAGCAACAACAGCAACAGCGGGAGCGACGCGAGAAGACCUUUAAGGUAUGAUUUUUAGAGACGUCAUAAGAAUUGUCCAAUCCGCGCCAGGACACCAGAAACGGCAGCUCCCGGCGGCGGACGCGUUGAGAGGUAAAUGGAAAGCUAACGUGGCGGAUUCUACAGCGAUUACGAGAAGGUGAACCCCCAGUUGAGCAAAAGGAGCGGCGCCAUUGUAGGAAUCAUUGGUAUCCGGAGAUCCCAGCUUGUUUUUAUGUUUAGCCUAAGUCGCGUCUUACUCUAUGUCUAUCUCUAUCUCUGUCCAUGUCUACCAGCGUCCUCUCCCUUUCACUUGCGUGCGAAAACGACUCACACACACAUGUAUAUAUACAAGUAUAUAUGUACACCCAGAUUGUAUUGUAAAAAAACCGACCUCUUCUGAUUGAUUCAAGUUGUAAAAGCUGCUUGAAAGGGGCUGCAGUGUCGAAGGUAGCGGUCGAAACAAAAGCGCAUUGUAGUCACUUCUUUAUUUUUGAAUUUUAAAAUUGUUUUAUAGUGCAACAUUUCAUAUGGCCAUAUGCCAUUUGGCAUUCCCUAAAUGCCAUUUAUCACAAGCAAUAUUUACAAACCCUUAUCUAAUGAUAAUUGCUUGGAAUUCUGAACCACGCUUCUCUUCGAGUCUGUCUUAUUGUGCUAUUGCCUUGACCGCUGCUGUGCAUACAGCCAUGUACACCCAACCUACAACAGUUCUCUGCCCUGUGUUGUUGCCUAUUGUUAUAUAAAUAGUAGAAAACUACGAUUAACCGUAACGAAUACUUUUUUGUGACCACUAUUCAUACGUGUAUAUUUUAAAAAGCCUAAGUUAAGUGGAAUUUAGUUCUAAGCGCAAAACUAUUUAUUUACGGCAAUUUGUAAGCCUCGACCCCAAAAAUAAUAACCAAAACGGUGGAAAAGCGAAGACACAGUCGGCGAAAGAUGACUAGGUGCUCCUGAACAUUUCCAAACGAGUUUUCGUUCAAAUAUUCCCGGGAAUCUAAGUCCGUCUUUGUCUCGGCUUUUCGCUGUUUGAGGACCUUUAAUUUUUAAAUGGAGUGUGUGUGUUAUUUUUAAUUUAUUCACCUUUUUUUUGUAUAAGCGAUUUAUGCUGUUUUUUUUUUUUGUUUGAGAAUCCGUUGCGAGAACCAACAACAACAACCACAGCAACAUAUACGUAAAAUUUUUGUGACGUCAGAAAUCUAAAAAACAAAAAACCAAGAAUGAAGAACCAGAAGCAACACUGCACAAAUGAAAAGAACAAGAAAAAACGUUAACGAAACAAAUUUCACAAAAGAAAACAUAAUAUUCAUUAAAAAGUUACACAAUUAAAACAAGCAAAAGCCAACAAGAAAGGAAAAAUUCUUAACUCAAGCAAUAUAAAGGAAAACGAUAACGAAAAAACGAAAAGAAGCCAUACCAAGUUGUUCGACUAUUUUAAAAGGGAUUCAGUAAAGCAAAAUAAUGAACAAAAAAACAUUUACACAUAAAAAUACAUAAAAUACCUACAUGUUUAUUAUAGAGAAAGCAUAAGGAAUAUAAAUUAAUCUACAACAACCACAAACAAUGUUCAGGUCAAUAACUGCAUUUAAAAGGAGAAACCAAAAGGAGGAAACCCUUAUUAGGCGUUAAAUUAACGAAAUGCUCUUUUUAUAUACAACUAUAUAACAUGCAAAUAUAUAUAUACAUACAUAUAUACAUUAAACGAAUUGCAAAUACCCAAAACACAGACAAACUAAAACACAAAAUAAAGGAACAACUCACCAAAGUUGUUGGCACAGCGGAAAACACACAAACAUUUUAUACAAAACUAACAUAGUUAUACCACACAAAAUAGAAGACACGGAUCAGUUGUGGAAGAAAUAAUUGUAGUGCCAUUAGAGAUUGGAAAAUUGAAUAAAAUUUUAUUGUAAUUAUAAAAUGUAUAACUUUAGUUAUGUUUUACGAAUGUAUUCGAAGGGUUGUAUGGUCGUGAGAUAUUUGUAUCUUCAAUUUUAUACAUACAUAUGUACUCAAAAAGGCGUAUUUCAAACUCAAUUUUAAAUGAAAAACGUAGAAAUAGUGUACUUCAUUUGAUCGACCCUAUUGGAAAUUAGCUUAUAUUUCCGGUGCUGCUCAGUGCAGCAAGGCCACACUAUUAUUUCGACCAAGGCUGGGCACACAAGCAAACAAAAACAAACAGCAAAUUAGGGAAAAUAAAGCAAGCAACAAGUUAAAACUCACAUUUACUCUCUCUGCUGUGCAGAUGCAAAUAAAACAAGGCGAAAUACCAAUUCAACCAUGUUGAAAAAUUGCAGCACGCACACACAAAAGGCCACGAAAAACACUCUCCGAUCCUCCGUCUCGUUCGCUCUCUAGCUCUCUGUCUAUCUAGCUCUCGCUCCAUACGUUCCACCCACCACCACCCAUUGUAGUUUGCACAAGUAAUAUAUGUAUUAGCGAAAGUUAACACUCGACGGAAAAAGUUAGUUGAAGAUAUGUAAGAACACUUUAAGAAAACUGUUGCAAGUCCUGUUCUCCUGUUCUGUAUAUAAAUAUACUUACGACCUACCCAAUUCUAUUCACUAAGUAGUAGUUGCAGCGUGAAUGUUGGUGUGUGUGUGUGUGUGCUCGAUGUUAGCCAUUACACUUAAACAAUUUUUUUUUUUUGUUUUUAAUCCGAAAAGCAAAACUGUUUCACUGUAGUGUAGUGUAGUUGAUUCUAAGCGAUAAGGCCAAAAUAGAUUUUAAAACCGAAAACCAGACGAAUUAUUAGGAAUCAGUGGGAGAAUACCAAACAAAUAAUUGCAGGAAGGCACGCAGGCGGCAGGCAGGCAGGUAUUUACUUAUAGCAUUUAAAUUCUAAAGCAAACGAAAAUUAUUAAAUAACAUUAAAUCAAAUGCAAUUAAACACGAAACGUGUGUAACACACAGUAAAAACCAAGCAAAGACUUUUCACGUUUUAGCCAGUGAAGGAGGGGAAAACUAGCGCACUUUUUCGUACUUUAACUGACAAAAACCGCAAAAUCCAUCUAUUAAAUGAUAUUAAAGGGAGUAGGGAGUAGACGGAUAGCGAGCAGAUACGAUUAUAAACGUGAAUAGUAAACGAGAAAGUAAGAAAAAUUUUAGAGAAAUCGGUUUUUACCUAAGGUUAAGGCAAGAUGAUAUUUCCUUCCGGUUUUCCUCUUUUAACUGCCAUUUCCGUUUCCCAUUUCCCGCCCACAAAUUCCACAGCGAAUCGCGUGAAGAGCUCCCAAUCCUGUUGACACUUUUCAGUGCAUAUUAUAUAAUGCAUCUAUACAUAUAUAAAUAAAUCCACUAAUAUACAUAUAUAUAAAUACACAAUUAUUGUAAUAACAAUAUAAGUCUGUAAAUUUGUUAACAUUUCUAAAAGCCAACAAAUGGGGCAAAACGGGGCAAGAUUCACCAAAUCGCGCCAAGUAGUUGUACUACAAUCACAAAAGAAAGACCCCCAGAUCCCAGAUACGAGCAAAACAGGCGACCCACUUAGAAAUCAUCCAAAUGUGUGAUUUUUAGAGUGCCGAAUGUGGAUUGAGAUCGAUCAAUGGGCGCGAAUCGAAGUCGGAAAAUUGUUGAGCAGCCGCUUUAAAAUCAAAACAAAGCAAAGAAAACAUUAAAGAAAGAAAAUGCUAAAUAAUUAUAUAACAGUUGUGAACAAAUUAUAUUUACAUAGCGUAUAAAUAAAUUGCAUAACAAUUGAUUAAUAUACAG